ACUCGGCGCGGGUGCCCUCGGGCCGGCGGCGGCAGCCCCUCCCCGAAGCCCUCAGGACCCCCGAGGCCCCGGUGCCGGCAGCGGCGGCCCCCCUAGCUCUGCCUGGAACCAUGGGUGAGGCCCGCAGGGACAGCACCAGCAGCCUGCAGCGCAAGAAGCCGCCGUGGCUGAAGCUGGAUAUCCCGGCCGUGGUGCCCCCGGCAGCAGAGGAGUCCAGCUUCCUGCAGGUAGGCCCUGGCCAGCGGGGGCUGCAGGUGCAGCCCAUCCAGCCACCUCACUGGGUCCCCGUUGCCCAGCCCCUGAGACGCCAGGCGUUCCUGCGGAGCGUGAGCAUGCCGGCCGAGCCCACCCGCGUCCCCUCACCCCACCAGGAGCCCCGGCGGCCGGGGCUGCAGCGCCAGAUGUCCAUCACACAGACCAUCCGCAGCCGACAGGUGCGCUUUGGGCGUGUCCACACUCUGCCCCUGUUGGGAGCCCCUGCUGCCCGCAGGGCCCUCACACAGCGCUCGUCUCUCUCUCGGUCCCUGCUCAGGGGCACCGCUGACUGGUUUGGAGUGAGCAAGGACAGUGACAGCACCCAGAAGUGGCAGCGUAAGAGCAUCCGUCACUGCAGCCAGCGCUACGGGAAGCUGAAGCCCCAGGUCAUCCGGGAGCUAGACCUGCCCAGCCAGGACAACGUGUCGCUGACCAGCACUGAGACGCCCCCUCCUCUGUACGUGGGGCCAUGCCAGCUGGGCAUGCAGAAGAUCAUAGACCCCCUGGCCCGGGGCCGGGCCUUCCGCUUGGCGGAUGAUGCCGCCGACGGCCUGAGUGCCCCGCACACGCCGGUCACGCCGGGUGCCGCCUCCCUCUGCUCCUUCUCCAGCUCCCGUUCGGGUUUCAACCGGCUCCCGCGGCGGCGCAAGCGCGAGUCGGUGGCCAAGAUGAGCUUCCGGGCAGCCGCUGCGCUGGUGAAGGGCCGCUCGGUUAGGGAUGGCACACUGCGCCGGGUCCAGCGCCGAAGCUUCACUCCUGCCAGCUUCCUGGAGGAGGACACGGCUGACUUCCCCGACGAGCUGGACACAUCCUUCUUUGCCCGGGAAGGUGUCCUCCACGAGGAGCUGUCCACGUACCCAGAUGAGGUGUUCGAGUCCCCAUCGGAGGCAGCGCUUAAGGACUGGGAGAGAGCCCCAGAGCAGGCGGACCUCACGGGUGGGGCCCUGGACCGCAGCGAGCUGGAGCGCAGCCACCUGAUGUUGCCCCUGGAACGUGGCUGGCGCAAGCAGAAGGAGGGCGGUGCAGCGGCCCCGCAGCCCAAGGUGCGGCUGCGGCAGGAGGUGGUGAGUGCCGCGGGUCAGCGGCGGGGCCAGCGCAUCGCGAUGCCGGUGCGCAAGUUCUUCGCCAGGGAGAAGCGGCCGUAUGGGCUGGGCAUGGUGGGCCGGCUAACCAACCGCACUUACCGCAAGCGAAUCGACAGCUAUGUCAAACGCCAGAUUGAGGACAUGGACGACCACAGGCCCUUCUUCACCUACUGGCUCACCUUCGUGCACUCGCUCGUCACCAUUCUAGCCGUGUGCAUCUAUGGCGUGGCGCCCGUAGGCUUCUCACAGCACGAGACCGUAGACUCGGUGCUGCGCAACCGAGGGGUCUAUGAGAAUGUCAAGUACGUUCAGCAGGAGAACUUCUGGAUCGGGCCCAGCUCGGAGGCUCUCAUUCACCUGGGUGCCAAGUUCUCACCCUGCAUGCGCCAGGAUCCGCAGGUGAAUAGUUUCAUCCACGCUGCGCGUGAGCGUGAGAAGCACUCGGCCUGCUGUGUGCGCAACGACCGGUCUGGCUGCGUGCAGACCUCGGAAGAGGAGUGCUCGUCCACGCUGGCAGUGUGGGUGAAGUGGCCCUUCCAUCCCAGCGCCCCAGACCUUGCUGGCCACAAGAGGCAGUUUGGCUCUGUCUGCCACCAGGACCCCAGGGUGUGUGAUGAGCCUUCCUCCGAGGACCCCCAUGAGUGGCCAGAUGACAUCACCAAGUGGCCGAUCUGCACCAAAAACAGCGCUGGGAACCACACCAACCACCCGCACAUGGACUGUGUCAUCACGGGCCGGCCCUGCUGCAUUGGCACCAAGGGCAGGUGUGAGAUCACCUCCCGGGAGUACUGUGACUUCAUGAGGGGCUACUUCCACGAGGAGGCCACACUCUGCUCUCAGGUAGGCCUCCAGGGUGAGGGUCCCUCCCCGUCCCUGCAGCCACGGCGGGUGCUGACAGGCCACUCUGCACAGGUGCACUGCAUGGACGACGUGUGUGGGCUCUUGCCCUUCCUCAACCCCGAGGUGCCUGACCAGUUCUACCGCCUGUGGCUGUCCCUAUUCUUGCACGCUGGGAUCCUGCACUGCCUGGUGUCUGUCUGCUUCCAGAUGACUGUCCUGCGGGACCUGGAGAAGCUGGCAGGCUGGCACCGCAUAGCCAUCAUCUACCUGCUGAGUGGCGUCACUGGUAACCUGGCCAGUGCCAUUUUCCUGCCAUACCGGGCAGAGGUGGGCCCCGCCGGCUCGCAGUUCGGCAUCCUGGCCUGCCUCUUCGUGGAGCUCUUCCAGAGCUGGCAGAUCCUGGCACGGCCCUGGCGUGCCUUCUUCAAGCUGCUGGCUGUGGUGCUCUUCCUCUUCACCUUCGGGCUGCUGCCCUGGAUCGACAACUUCGCCCACAUCUCAGGCUUCGUCAGCGGCCUCUUCCUCUCCUUUGCCUUCUUGCCCUACAUCAGCUUUGGCAAGUUUGACCUGUACCGCAAGCGCUGCCAGAUCAUCGUCUUUCAGGUGGUCUUCCUGGGCCUCCUGGCUGGCCUGGUGGUCCUCUUCUACUUCUACCCUGUGCGCUGUGAGUGGUGCGAGUUCCUCACCUGCAUCCCCUUCACCGACAAGUUCUGUGAGAAGUACGAGCUGGACGCUCAGCUCCACUGAGCUGAUGGGGUGCUGGGGCCGUGUGCCCUGUGGGCUGGGGCCAGGCCUGAGGCUCGGGACUCCGCCUGCGAGCCCUGCUCCCCUUGCACAGACCCCUUGUGCCGUGUUCACUGCUGUUGAACCCCUCGUACUUCCGGGCAUUUAUCACAGUAGUUCCCGAGAUUACCUUCUAACUAGCCUCUCGACGACCACCUCAUGUGGCCAAUAAAUGGACCGGGAGCGUUUUAGCUGCCACUAAC